UCAAUAUUAUGAAUUUUCUUUUACAUAUAUUUAUUUCCAUUUUUCUAUUAUUUAAUCUUUAAAUUUUUAAAUUCAUAUCUUUUACGUUUUCUUUAAUAUUGAUAUAAAUUGAAGUUUGUGUUAAUUUAGGUCGUUGAGUUUUAAAGUUGCUUAAUAAAAUUUUAAACAUUUGAUUUUAUUUCUAAUAGGUAUUUAAAUUGAUCUUUUAGAUAUAAAUUUUAAUUUAAUAUCUAAUAAAACCCUAAGCUUUUUAUAUCGAUGAUUCUCUAAAAAUUCAAAAUAAAAUCUCAAAACCUAGAAAUUAAAUUUAGUUUAGCCCUUCUAAAAAUAUUGAAUAAAUCAACGACGGAAAAAGAAUUAAAAGUUGAAAGUUUAGAAAUGAACCAUAUAGAUAGGAUAAAAAAUCCAAACGUUCUACCACGAGUAAACUUAUAAUUUAAAGUAUACUUUAAUAAUGGUGACAUGACUAAGCAUGAAUAAAAUUAAGAUUCAUAUAAACUAUAAUUGCCAUGAAAAGUUUUGUAGGACCCAUCAAAUGCCCAUGCAAUGAAGAUUUGAGUUUAUAAAAAGCUCAAGUUUGUAAGGUAGCAUUUGCAGUCAAACUAUUCAAUCAAACAAUUUCUCUAACAAUUCUCUCUUUGUUUUAGAGAUAUAUAUCUCUUCUUCUUCUUCUUUUUACAAUAUGGUUUCUUUGGUGCUUGCUAGAACAGUUAUUGGUAUCAUCGGAAAUAUCAUUGCACUUUUCUUGUUCUUGUCUCCAUUGCCAACCUUUGCUACAAUAUGGAAGAAGGGAUCGGUCGAGCAGUACUCACCGAUCCCGUACCUUGCAACGCUUGUGAACUGCCUAGUUUGGGUGUUGUACGGGCUGCCAGUGGUGCAUCCAGGAAGCAUUCUAGUGAUCACCAUUAACGCGACUGGAACCUUAAUCGAGUUGGUUUACAUAAUCCUCUUCUUCGUGUUCUCCGAUCGGAAGAAGCGAGUGAAAGUUCUCCUCGUGCUACUCAUCGAGAUCGUCUUCAUCACGCUUCUGACACUUCUAGUUCUGUUCAUCUUCCAUACUCAUAGCAAGAGAUCCAUGGUGGUUGGAACCAUUUGCAUUCUCUUCAACAUUGGCAUGUAUGCUUCUCCAUUGGCAGUCAUGAAAUUAGUGAUUAAAACAAAGAGUGUGGAGUAUAUGCCUCUCUCCCUCUCUGUUGCUUCCUUUGCCAAUGGUGUGGCUUGGACUAUUUAUGCUCUCCUCCCUUUUGACCCUUAUAUUUUGAUUCCAAAUGGGCUGGGCACACUAUUUGGGCUGGCCCAAUUGAUACUGUAUGCAAGCUUUUACAAAUCAACAAAGCUCCAAAUAGAAGAGAGGGAAGGUAAAGGGAAGGUGAUUUUAUCAGAUCAGUUGGUCACUAAUGGAAAAGAAGAGUGUUGGAAGAAUGACAACAUUGAAUGUGGGAAUCCUAGAGCUGAGGUCCAUGGAGCUUGAUAGGACUCGCAACAUCUCCACCGUCCAUCUAUCACUUUUGUAAUCUAUAGAUAAAAUAUCACCCCAAAAACAAAAAAGAAAAAGAAAAAGAAAAGGCCUUUCUAUUUAUAAGUGUUAGCAAAUUCCUCAUGUUUUAAUUUGGGGGGUAAUAACAGACGAUCACUGCAUAGACCAGUGCCAAACAAUUGGCAAACCCUGUAAUGCCAUUUGAGUCUUUUCUCUUCUUUUUUGUUUCUUUCUUUCUUUCUUUCUUUACUUCCUCUUUUUGUCCUAGCUUUGUUUUUUUUCUUAUCAAUCUAUGUAUUUGGAGAAGCUUUAAUGUUUGAAUAUAUCAAUGGCUUUUUCUGAUUCU